AAUUAAUUCCAUCAAGUACACAAUUAUAGAGUGGUCACAUAAUGAACAUCCACAAUUUCGCUUUGGGCUCUGGCAGCUCGGCGCCUAUUGUGAAUAAUCUCUCGUUGGCUUCUGCUGCAGUACCAGUGACACAUAGUGCUACAACAUCACCUCUAUACUUUACACACAUCUUACCUCCAUCCACGACCAUCAUUGAACAGCCGUACACGUCCGAUUUGGAGGAGCCCAUUACCACCUGUGGCCCCGUGGGUGAGAGUUUUCUCAUCGAGGAAAUAAUCGAUGAUCGGGACGAGGAGGGCAACAUUGUUGUCGAUCCGGGUGAAUUUUUCAUAUCGGGUGAUAACAUCCAAUACUAUGCAGUUCCUGAACCUAUGCCACCACAAAUGAUUAUGCAGCCCUCGCCUGCAGAUGCCCUACAGGCCUUUGCCGAGAGCGUUAAUGUCGGCGAAAGCGUCAUUCUGCCCACAAACUCGACACAAGUGUUUGACCAGUAUGUAGCGGCGCAACUGAACUUGGGAGCCGCCCAAUUCGGUAUGCCAGCCGCAAUGAUCCCUUCGCAUGUCAAAAUGGAACAGCCCGAUGCCAAUGAAUUGUCGAAAGUCGUAAAGCAAGAAGUGCCCGAACGGAAUCAUAUGCUCUGUAGCAAAGAACGCAAGGAGAAACUGUUGCAGAACAGCCAGCGGAAGAAGCCGCACACGGCCAAGCGAUGGAAACAAACCAAAGUACCGAUUCGAAUAACGCAGGAUGAGUUCAAUGUUACCUUAUGGUCGGCAUUAAAUUCCGAGGAUGAGGAUGAAGAGGAUCAGGUCGUGGACGACGAAGAGCAUUUGGCGGAACAACAUUUAACAACAGUUCAGGAAAACACUACCGAUUCCACAGAGGACAAUCAACAGUCCAUUGGCGAAUCAGAUACCACAAACAGAAUGCUGCUCGAGGAGUCCAGCAGCAUGAUGCAUGUAAACGAAGGACUGUCACCCUCGGAAUAUGUCAUUGUCCCUGACCCGUUCACUGGUGACAUCGUCGAAGAAGAAGUACAAACCGCAGGCGCUGUGGAAGACAUCAAGUGUGAAGAUACCUCAUUACAAAACACCGAAUAUCAAUUGCCGAUGGUGGCACCGUCACCGCCACAUCCGCAGGAACUCUUACAGCCCAAAGAAGAGAAACAGCCACAGUUUGCCGCAACCAGCACCUCCAGCCGCAAUCUUCAACUAGUUGAUCUGACACAGCUAAUUACCUUCAAACAAGAGAAUUCUAUGGGAGACGGCAUGGGUCCGACGGUGAAACUGAAAGGAUCCCAAAAUCUGAAUAAGCAGCAAAGGAAGUCUCAUGCGUCGAUCAGCAAUGUCGUUACAACGGUGGCAGCCGCACCGUCCCCACCAGUAGCAUCCACAGCGCAACAAACGCCUGCAACAACACAGCCAUCGAGUAUUGUUUCCACAACAACCACCGCCUCAGGAACAGUCACAGUUUUCCGUUGCACAUAUCGCGAUUGCAACAAAGAAUUUCGCAACCAUUCUGCCAUGCGCAAGCACUCAGCCACUCAUGGUCCGCGCGGCCAUGUGUGUGCCGAAUGCGGCAAGUCGUUCGUUGAAAGUUCAAAACUGAAGAGACAUCAACUGGUGCACACGGGCGAGAAGCCAUUCGAGUGCACAUUCGAAGGUUGUGGCAAACGCUUCUCCCUCGAUUUCAACCUCCGCACCCAUGUGCGCAUACACACUGGCGACCGACCAUAUCACUGUCCCAUCGAGGGAUGUCACAAAUGCUUUGCUCAGUCUACCAAUUUGAAGAGUCAUAUGUUGACCCAUUCCAAGCCCAAAAGAAAAUGGCCGCGACCAGUAAGUAACAAGCCGAUCAUAGCACGCUAUGGCCGCUUAGAAUUGGGAGAAGAUCCAAAUGUGGUAUAUUUGGGGACAGACGAACAAUAUGGUACUAUUUUAGAGAAUUCAUAA